UCUUCGGUCUGACCGGAGCUCGACUUUGUCUUCCACAACUUCAUAAGUCUGGCCGCACCUACCGUCUCGAUUUUACAGCUAUCGGCAUUUAUUUAUGCUUGAACAAUUUAGACAAGUACGAACAUGGUCCUAUUCGGAGGUCUUGAGGUCGUUGCCGCCGGCACGCUUCUCCACCGCGUGAGGCAGAACCGUAGAGAAGCAAUGCGUCAGGAGGCUGAAGAAGAUUUACGUCGCCGCGGCUGGGUUCCUGAACAUGAAGCAAAGUCACAACCGCAAAAUCAAACAAGCUCUCUGUUUCCACCAGAUGCACCUCGUAGACCACAUAGCGUACCCCCGCCAGGAUACGCUCCAACCGGCUGGCAAGGGACUGAAUCGUUCGGGUCUGAUCAAAGAACGCCUCAAUAUCCUCUUGGUCAUCCGUCACAGCCGUACGUACCGUACUCUGCUCAACCACAUCCGCCAAUGCCACCACCCAACGCAGCAGCAGGUUGGCACGCUCCUCCUGGACAAUACCAUCAACCCGUCUCGACAUUUCCAAUGAGCAGCAACCAAGGUUAUCUUGCACCACCCUAUCCUCCUUCGUACCAACAGUACCAGCCACGCCAGGACGCACCACACCCUCAGCACCAUUAUCGUUCCAACAGUCAGGAGCCAGAAAGGCCGAGGAGAAACCACAGGCGCGAACACAGCCAUUCACAUUCUCGAGCACGGUCGCGGUCUCGGACUCGCUCUCGUACCAGGUCAAGAUCAAGAUCCCGGUCUCGUCGAAACCACCGUUACUGAAGGUUUAGAGAAGCAAGCGUUGAUGAAACUUCCUUGAAUUCUUAAGGAACUGGUCAGAAGCACGAAAAUGAUUCAUGACAUGGCCGUUCUAACACGAUUUUUGCGGAGAUGGACUAAAUGGAAGUAGACACUUGGUGCCCUUGCGAAAUUCAGCUAGAUACUUAGCUGCUCAAUCUGGACUACUUGAUACAUAACUCUUGGCCCAGUAUGCACGCGAAAGAAGCAACAAAAAAAAGUUUAGUAAAAGUCCUCAACGCAGAUCUACCAUAAUGGAACUAAUUGUCAAUAUUCCUUGGUUACAUGCCCGACUAGUUAGGAGCUGUAAUGGAGCCAAUACCUACCAGCCUAUGCGAGGUAUUAUGAGGUUUAACAAUCUAAAUUUUCCAAUUUGCGAGUGACAUACUUCAUUGUUGGGGCGUCCAGUGGGCUUAGUUUUGUGUCGUGGUUUCAAGAAGCUGUGGAAAUUAUCAAAGGCUGUCA